AUGUCCCGUGUUGGAGCUCCCGUUGAUCUCGCACCCCUGGGAGAGCGACUUGAAUUUCCCUUCUCCCGUCGAUGGGCCACUAACCGAUUCCUAAAGGCUGCCAUGAGCGAACGUCUGUCUACUUGGUCAGAAGACGAUCUGUCGGCUCGUGGAAUCCCUUCAGAUGAGCUGGUCAAGGCAUACCAUGUCUGGGGCAAGGGGGAUAUUGGCAUGAUCCUUACUGGAAAUGUCAUGAUCGACCCCCAGCAAUUGGAGACAGAGGGCAAUCUCAUCAUUCCCGGCGAUGCCCCGUUCACUGGCGAGCGUUUCGAACAGUUCAAAAAGCUCGCCGAAGGUUCCAAAGCCCAUGGAUCGCUUCUCGUCGCUCAGGUCUCCCACCCUGGGCGCCAGACACCCUACCAUCUGCAGCCCAACCCAAUCAGCGCCAGUGAUAUCCAACUAGAAGGCGAAAUUCUAGGCAACCGCUACGGCAAGCCUCGUCCAGCGACCGAGAAAGAUAUUCAGGAAGUGAUUGACGGGUUCGCCCACGCAGCUGAGUUCCUGGAUAAGGCAGGCUUUGACGGCAUCCAACUUCACGCUGCUCACGGCUACCUUCUCAGUCAAUUUCUGUCGGAAACCACCAAUUUCAGAACCGACCAAUACGGGGGUAGCCUUGCUAAUCGAAUGCGCUUGAUUCUCGAAAUUCGUGAUGCGGUCGCUAGGCGGGUGCGACCUAGCUUCAUCGUGGGAAUUAAGGUCAAUAGUGUAGAAUUCCAAGCCAAGGGCUUCCAACCUGAAGAGGCUCGAGAGCUUUGCGCCUCCCUAGAGGCUCACAAAUUUGACUUCGUCGAGCUUUCAGGCGGAACUUAUGAGAACUGGCAAAUGAAUAACGAUACUAAGCGGGAGUCUACUAAGCGACGGGAAGCAUUUUUCCUGGACUUUGCCCAGCAGAUCGUCUCCGGUCUUUCCAAGACGAAGUCUUAUUUGACGGGUGGAUUCCGAUCUGCCGAAGGAAUGGUCAAGGCCCUCCACACCAUUGACGGGGUGGGGCUUGCUCGUCCUCUAUGCCAGGAGCCAUUUCUGUGUUCUCAGAUUCUCGCUAGAAAGACGGCGGCUGCCCUCACACCAAUCAUUAAUCAGUAUGACUUUGGCUUGACGGCCGUGGCAGCAUGCAUCCAGAUAAGACAGAUGGGGAACAAUCUCCUCCCAGUGAACCUCGCCGCGCAGGAUGAAGUGGACAUCCUUACCAAGGCUAUUGGGGAAUGGACACAAAGAAAGCAGAACGAUCGUUCCCAGGAGGCUAUUUAUCCUCCCGUUUUGCCAGGAUAUUCGGUCGCGCUUUUAGCCUAG